GGGAGAUCUCUCGCGAGGAAGGACGCCAUUAUCGCAGCCGCUCGACAAACACCACGAGAAUUCGGCACCGCACACGGAUUGGAUGACUUGCAGAUUUACAUAUUUGGGGGCCUUCAGUGGUGUUUGACCGGAUAUUGCUGCCUGGUUCUGAAUGAUGUCAGAACAAGAUUUGGCAGAUGUCGUUCAGAUUGCAGUUGAAGACUUGAAUCCAGAUAACCCAGUUGUGUUGGAAAAUCAUGAAGUGACAGAUGAAGAUGUAGAGCCUGCUCUGAAACGUCAGCGUAUAGAAAUUAACUGCCAGGAUCCAUCUAUUAAGUCAUUCCUGUAUUCCAUUAACCAGACAAUAUGCCUGCGAUUGGAUAGCAUUGAGGCGAAGUUGCUGGCUCUAGAGGCUACCUGUAAAUCACUGGAAGAGAAGUUGGACCUUGUCAUGAACAAACAGCAUAGCCCUAUCCAAGUCCCCAUGGUGGCAGGUUCUCCUCUUGGCGCUACACAGACGUGCAAUAAAGUACGAUGUGUUGUCCCCCAGACCACAGUAAUACUGAACAACGAUCGGCAGAAUUCAAUUGUAGCCAAGAUGGUCGGGCAGGAAGAGCCAUUGAGCAGAGCGGCAGAUUCUUUGGAAAAUAUCCUUAGCAAUGCCGUUCCUGGCCGUAGGCAGAACACUAUCGUGGUGAAAGUCCCAGGGCACGAUGACAGUCACAACGAAGAUGGCGAGAGCGGCUCCGAGGCCAGUGACUCAGUCUCCAACAGUGGACAGUUAGGAGGCCAAAGUAUUGGGAACAAUGUCACCCUUAUUACACUGAACUCUGAAGAGGAUUAUCCCAACGGGACGUGGCUUGGAGAUGAAAAUAAUCCUGAAAUGCGGGUCCGUUGCCCCAUCACCCCUGCUGACAUGCUGCACAUCAGCACAAAUUGCCGCACAGCCGAGAAGAUGGCGUUGACGUUGCUGGAUUAUCUCUUCCAUCGGGAAAUUCAGGCCAUCUCCAACCUUUCAGGCCAGGGGAAGCAUGGGAAGAAGCAGCUUGAUCCUCUCAUGAUUUAUGGAAUUCGCUGUCACCUAUUUUAUAAAUUUGGAAUCACAGAAUCCGACUGGUAUCGGAUCAAGCAAAGCAUAGACUCCAAAUGCCGAACAGCUUGGAGACGGAAGCAGCGAGGCCAGAGUCUUGCAGUGAAAAGCUUUUCGAGGCGAACACCUUCUUCGUCAUCUUACAGUGGUUCAGAGGGUUCACAGAGCGCAGUUUCAGCUUCUAAUGAGAUCCAGCAGAACCAGCCACAGGCACUACAUUAUGCACUAGCUAAUGCUCAGCAGGUUCAGAUCCACCAAAUAGGAGAAGAUGGACAAGUUCAAGUAGGUCACCUCCACAUAGCACAGGUUCCUCAAGGCGAGCAAGUCCAAAUCACGCAGGACAGUGAGGGAAAUCUGCAGAUACAUCAAGUUCAUGUUGGUCAAGACGGGCAGGUGUUGCAGGGUGCUCAGUUGAUAGCUGUUGCGUCUGCUGAGCCUGCAUCAGGGGGUGUUGAUGGAUCCCCACUCCAAGGGAGUGAUAUCCAAGUCCAAUACGUGCAGCUGGCACCUGUGACAGACCAUUCUGCAACUAAUCAAGGCACUGAUACCCUUCAAUCAGCAAUCCAACCAGAAAUGCAAAUAGAGCAUGGAGCAAUCCAAAUUCAGUAAAACAAGAAUUGUGGAAAGCUGCAUAAACCGAGAUAUCAGUGAACCACAGUUGGAAGUUAAGUGCUGUAGCCUUCACACAACAACAGGAGAAUGGAAACACCUAUUGGACUAAUGGUCACACCAUACUCUUCUCCUGUAAAUAUCAGAGUUCUGAUGAUGUAUUUGCUGUUACGCUCAUAUUCCUCGUCAGACCCACUACACCACCAGAACUGCAUCUGUAUACAUCAGAACCCAACCUUCAAAAAUACAUGGCUAGCCCUUAGCUAUAUUUAAAGAGGAAGAAAUCCUUUCUGAAGGAGGCAAAGAAAUCUAAUUAAUCAAAACAGUAAGACUAAAUUAAUGUUUCAUCCUGUCAUUUCUUCUGUGAAAUACACCAUUUGAAUGUCUGCAGAUAUCUUAUGAAGUGUAUUGCUGCUUGCAAUACUUGCUUUACCACAAAGAGAAAAUCAAGAGCUCAAAUAUUUUUCACUGUUUAAACAGCUUUUUUAUUUGCUAUGGUAUUUAUAACAAAAAUGGAAAAUAUUAAAAAAAAUCCCAUAACUGCAGGUAUUAGCCUUUUGCUGGUGUUUUCUGUUCAGUGUAAUGAAAAAUGUAUUUGCAAAAGACUAACAAUUUUGUUUGUACUGUUGCUUAAAUACUUUUCUA